AGCAACUAAGAAAACAAAAUUCAUUCAUGACGUAUACAAAAUGAACUCGUAAUGCCAAGUGGUAUCACUGAUGUUGCAGUAAGGCAGGGUCGCUGGCCAAGGGAACACGUUUUAGAAUAUCAGAGCCAGUUGCUUCUAAGGAGACACUCUAUAGAAAAGCGAUACCCAUGAACUGGUUCCUAUGGUGUGUGGCCAUUGCGGUCACAUGCAGCAGUGAGGGAGCCAGACUGCGAUCAUUGGACAAUAUCCUAGAAAACGAUUCCGAUUCUGGUGAACUUUGGGCGGUAUUAGUUGCUGGAUCUAACGGCUGGUAUAACUACCGCCAUCAGGCUGAUGUGUGCCAUGCUUAUCAAAUCCUACAUAAACAUGGUGUUCCAGAUGAUCAUAUAAUUGUCAUGAUGUACGACGAUAUCAGUAACAAUUCACUGAACCCAAACCCAGGCGUCAUCAUCAACCGACCAAAUGGACCCAAUGUAUACAAAGGAGUUCCAAAGGACUACACUGGCAAAGAUGUUACCCCUAGAAACUUUUUGCACAUCUUAAAUGGAAAUGCUAAGGCCAUGGAAGGAAUUGGGUCAGGAAAAGUGAUCAACAGCACUGACAAAGACAGGAUUUUUAUAAACCUGGUGGACCAUGGUGGUCCUGGUGUUUUCUGUUUCCCAGAGCAUGUACUACAUGCAAAUGUUCUGGCCAGAGUCAUCCGUGACCUACAUAAAAAGCGCAAGUUUAAAGAGAUGGUUGUCUAUGUUGAAGCAUGCGAGUCAGGGUCACUGUUCGAGGGUCUGUUGCCAAACAGCAAAGUCUAUGCUCUAACUGCCGCAAAUCCCCAUGAGCCUUCCUAUGCCUGCUAUCUGGAUAAAGAACUUGGAACAUAUCUCGGGGACGUAUUUAGCAUUAAGUGGAUGGAAGAUACAGACAAGGAAGAUAUUCACAAAGAAACACUGAAAGAACAGUUCCACAUACUACAAAAAGAAGUUACUACUUCUCAUGUCAAGCAAUGGGGUGAACGUAAAAUCAGCAAUGAGAAGUUGUGGAAAUUCCUGGGAGAACGUGAUGAUCGCAGCAAGAAUUCAAUUCGCUCUCCUAACACUGAGAACCAGCUCUCCUAUGAUACCACGAAAUCUAACUAUGCAAGUCUCGAAUAUGAAUCAAAACAACACUACCUAAAAGGGAAAGUGAAACAUCAUGGAAAAUUAGAGAAGAACAACACAGACGUGGGAGACCUACAUGCAAUAAAUGUCAACCUCACUCAAGAUGACAUGCCCGACGAAGAUGAGUGCCUUGCUUCAGCAGUUACCAGUCCAGAUGUACCAGUCAAAAUCUUGGAGUCUAGAAUACUUACUAGUAAGAAUGACAUGGACAAGGAUGAAAGGAGGAGAGAAUUAGAAACCUUACAUAUGACCCGACUGUUGGUCCAAGUUGUUAUGCACACCCUAGUGAAGGAAAUAACUGAAGAUGACGAAAAAAAACCAGCAAUGUUUGUGAAGGAUCGGUCUCGGAAAAUCACUCAAUGGAAGUGCCAUGAAUUCUCGGUCGAUAUCUUCGAUAAAAUGUGCUUCAAUAUAGGACAGAAUCCCUACGUCGUGCGCCUACUGCAUGUGAUAGUCAAUCUCUGUGAACAUGGCUACACAUCAGAUCAAUUUGAAGAAGCUGCACAAAAAGUCUGCACGUUCCAGAAAUUUACAGGAAUCAUUUAAGAUGCACCUUGUAUUUAAAUAUUAUAAAGCAAAAGUUGCAGAGCUUAAAACAGACUGUAAAUAAUACAACUAUGUGAAAAAGAAAUACGAAGCUAAGACUUCCUGAAUGAAAAUAAUGUCUCUAUUGCUACCAA